CCCGCCAUCUCUCCUGAUGAUGGGAUCAUGCCCAUCCAUAUUUGUACCUUAUCAUUCCGCCUGGUAGUCUUCUAAAUCUAUUCCUUUCCUUUCUACAUCCUGACCCUCCUGACACCUGGUGUUCUCCGUCGGUAGACAUCAAUCCAAUCCAAUCCGUCGCUGGUCCGAUCAAGCUACCGAGGUCCCACAGACACCAUGGAAGCCCUUCUGUCUCGCUUGGAUUCAUUUGUCCUUGAUCCCCAACUCGCGCCUCUUCUGUCGCUCGUCAAGGGUGCCCGCAAUGGCAUUGUAUACGGGUCGAAAGUGCGGUUUCCGCACGCUUUGGUAAUGAUCUUUCUAUUCCGCUCUGGAACAUUCCGAGAAAAGGUCAAGCUCGUCCUGAAAGCCACACGCCAGCAUGCUCGGAACCUGGCAACCUUUGCUCUUAUAUAUAAAGGCUCCAUGAUUGUUCUACGCAACGUCAAUCCUACUGGUGUCGGGAAAGAAGGCCCCUAUGACAGCUUCUUUGCGGGUCUACUGGGAGGGUACGCAGUGUUCGGGCGACACAAAACAAGCAUUACCCAGCAGAUCGUCAUAUACGUCUUUGCUCGCGUAGUACUUGCUCUUGCCAAGCUUUCUGUCCAGCCGAAUAUGCACCCUCUCUCCUCUUUGAUCACUCCCGAGUCGCGCGCAAGGAUCGAGGCCAACGCUUGGCCAGUAUUUGCAAGUCUCAGCUGGGCUCUUGUUAUGUACAUCUUCCGUUGGCAUCCAGAGACGCUUAUGUCGAGUCUGAGAAGCAGCAUGGUAUACAUCUACUCCGACUCGGACCACUGGGAUUCAUUCCGCAACUUCUUGAUACACAACAAAUAGAUGGGCCCUCUGGAUUGUCUUUUUUUGCUCAGUGUUUUGACUCCUCGCACGGCUGGUCAGGACGUCUGCAUACUUACCAUGGAGUAUACCUGGCGCAUAGAAUGGGUACAUUGUUCUGGUUUCCCUUCUUGUUCAUUUUUACCCUGUAUUACGUUUUAUCUCAUGCGAAGGGCUUGGGCUGCCUCCGCAUGAUUCAGGACACAGUGACUGUGUCUAGUCAGCUUGACUUGAAGAGUCAGCUGGGAUCCCUGCCGCAGGCGGAUAGGGGAGAUGGUGUUCAUGACAAUCAGUAUAGAGGACUUUAAUACAACAGCUAAAGUAUGAGGCCUUCUCUUCAUUAUGUCAUUUUGUAUCUAUCAUGGGUGGGGAUGUUCUAGGAAGCCUAAUCAGAA